CCCCUCUAUUUUUUUUUGAUUCGAAAAUCAACUCGAUAGUCGAGGACUCGAGGCGUCCAGCCUGCCAGGGGCUUCCAGCGAAGAUUUUAGUAUCGUUUUUUUUUAAUAUUCAAAAAAAACAAAACAAAGACAGAAACAAAAAUUGUAAAUAUCGAACUUUUGAAAUAGUAAGUAUGUAUAGGUUUCAAUUUAGAGAAGGGUGUAACUGGUAACAGCUUGUAUCUGUUGCUUCUCAUUUUCACUGCUGUGUAUGUGAGCCUGAUGAGUGUAUGAUUUGUACAAGUCGCAAGUCGUGAACGCACAGUCAGAACGACAUGAUUGGAGGAAUAGAACAUCUUGCCCAGUUGGGCCGCUUCCAUACUCUCAUGGACAGAGCUUUAGGUGCUUUAUGGAUUAAGGGAUCACGAGACUACACCGACAACACGGACGAUGAGCUUCGUACACAGUUAUAUCAAACAGUAUUCGCGAGGUAUAACGAGGAUUUCAAUGAGCAGAUGCAGCGUAUCGAAACAUCUAUGAUUCUUCUUGAAAUUUGGAAACGUAUGAACAAUCAGUCGACUCCAGCUUGGAAAUUACUCGAGACAAAAUGUGCUCAGAAGGUUUGGGAACAUACUGAAAAGCAUCCACGCAUGAGCGACAAGGAUUCUGCCAAGCUGCUUGCGCUAACAAUCAUCACCUUUACCGUGUCCGCCGAACAAAUCCAAUCGAAAAAGGAAAACAUUGGAGAGAGACGUCCGCGGGAGUUCAGACGGAACAAAACGUUCCGAUGUGAGUUGAAAUCAGAGAGCUUGGUCAAUGGUGGGAAUGGAGGGCUUCUUGCUCUGCCGUCAAACGAACAAACUUCAAUCAAAGCAAAACCAGGUCGUACGCGCAAUUUCGAACGCACGCGUCAUCGUUUAGUCAACUAGCAAGGGACAUCUCUCGUCGACGUUUUGAGGUGUUCAAAUCUGUCGAUUGGAAAAAAUAAUUGAUUAUCGUCAACAUAUGCGGACACGUUUGCCGGCAUGACUGAUGACUCGCACACACGCAUACAUUUCCUUUCUGUGGAGAGCCAGUCACGCAAGUCAGCUUUAAUAUUAAUCGUUGAAGAGUUGGAUUGAUAUGUGCGUACCGGAAACUAUGCGUCUCGUACACUUACAUGCGCCCUCACACUCAGCCGUACAUUAUUUGACGACUGCGCAAGGAGACCUGCUUCAGAAAUCACUCAAGGUUACACCCCUGCAGAAUGCCUGCAUGAUCGUGGUGAUAGGCCUCGAGAAGAUACCUUUUGGUCAACAAUGCUUUUAAUUAGUCUACCGACGGACUCAGUUAAAGUAUGAUGUGUGCUUGCCCUAAAUAUUCACAAUGAUUGAAAGGCUUGAUGAUAGCAGCGCGCAUGAAGAGUGGUCACUUCUUUGCAGCAACGCGGUUCAUCGCUGUCAGUCACUAUGCUUCAGCAGUUUAGCCGUGUUGAAACUUUCCAAGUAUGUUCUCGCGUGUUGCCUAUCUGAUCCAGAUUCCAGCGUGCUGCACAAAACACGGGUGAACACACUUAUACAAAAUUUGGUACACAUGCAACGCUGAAGUUGUAUUAUGUUGAACUGGCGCAGAGAAUGUUGGUUUUGAAAGCUGACAGGAUCAGCUGAGCUACAUACGCCCCUAUAGCGAUAGAUCCGAAUGGAAUACUCACAGGAAAGGAAACUCUUUCUACGCAAUAAAGCAAUCAGCCAUUUGGUUGUCCAUCGGUUGUAAAUAUGCACUGAGGUGGUCGUAAGGAAGAUGCCAUAGGCAACUGCUACAGAAUACUACUGAUGAAUUGGGAUAAAGC